AGGAUGUCCAUUCCAUCAUCAGUGGAAAGCUGGCUCUGAAGUACUCCGGCCCACAAAUCGACGCCAUGCGUGCCGUUGCCACCGCUCAUCACAACCGAUCUCUGGAAGAGUUCGAGAAAGUGCUUGCUCAGUACAAAACAGAGCUAACGGGAGACCCCAUCAUCGAGACACACCUCAAUGACCUUUACAACUCCAUGUUGGAGAACAACCUGUGCCGCAUCAUCGAGCCCUUCUCGUGCGUGGAGAUCGCACAUCUGGCACACCUCAUCAAGCUGCCCGCGAAGGUGGUCGAGGAUAAGCUGUCGAAGAUGAUUCUGGAUCGCAAGUUUGUGGGCAUUUUGGACCAAGGUGCUGGCUGUCUUAUGGUAUACGAUGAGGCAAAGACAGACCCCAUGUAUGGUUCCACCAAAGAAACUAUCGAACACAUGGGCAAAGUGGUUGAUCUUCUGUAUAAGAAAGCGUCCAAGCUGUCAUAGAUUAAUAGGUAUCGGAUCUCAACGGGCUGGUAGGCGUUUGUAUCGAUGGAAGUGAAACACUGGUGUUUCAUGGAGCUGGUUAUUCGUAAACGAAUGGCAUAGAUGUAUAUAGGCCACGAGAGGAUCGAUAUGUACAUAUGUGUAUAUCUCGCUAUUAAAUAGAUAAUUCAGUGC